UCUCAGUGCGUUCGUUCGCAAGAUGGCAGACGGGCCGUCCGCAGUUGCAGAGUCGUCGUCGUCGUCGUCGUGCGCGUCCGGAGCCGAGCUGCAAGGGGAGGCGGGUCGGGUGCCGCGCGAGAGGCACAAACUCCUCGCAGCUUCCUGUGUAACGGCGAUCGCCGUCGUUGGCAGCGCGAUGCAUCAGCAUCAGCAUCAGCAGCAGCAGCAGCAGCAGCAGCAGCAGGCUCAGAAGCGACACUCCUCGGCCGAGGACUCGACGAGGCGCGCCAGCCUCGAGAGACGCGCCAGAAACUCGGCCGCCGUGCACCAGGACGCCGCCGCCUGCGACGAGGCCCUCAUCCUGGCGGGCAGCAGCCUCAAGAUCGCGAGUGCCGUGGUGCUGGUCGAGCGCAGCGAGAUCGCGAUCAUCGAGAACCGCAAGAAGCUCAAGGCCUCCUCGAGCGGCGUUAUUAGUAGUAGUAGCAGUGCUAACGGUGGUGCAGGUGCAGGUGUUGUUGUGCCGGCGACUAGUCCCGCACCGGGCAGAAAGGAUGCCAAGAAGGAUAAGGAUAAGGUGGGUGCAUUCGCCGCUGCCCUCGCGCAGCUCGCCGACAGCCAGUCGCUCGCGGAUAAUGACGUGCGCGUGAGCCACCAGGUGCUCCAGGACGCUCAGCAGCAGCAGCAGCAGCAGCAGCAGAAGGCCCAGCAGCUACGGAAGACCAGAGCCGCGACCGCCGAGGCGAAGAAGAACAAGUCGUCGCACAAGUCCGCUGCAGCAGCCCAGCAGAGCGAGGAUGCAGCCGGGGGACCACCCUGCGCCAAGAAGCGCUGCGCCGAUCGAUACGACAGCUCCGAGAGCUCCGACAGUGGCGUCGCGGUCUCGUGCAGCGACUGCAGCAGCAACGGCAGCAGCGCGGGCAGCGGCAUCUCCGGCGCGAGCAGCAGCAGCAGCGGCGUGAGCUCGGGCAGCAGCACCAGCGGCAGCGACAUCACCGAGCCCGGCUCGCCCUGCAGCACGGCCAGCAGCGACGAGGGCGUCCCGCGCACCGACGAGUCCAGCUCCUCGUCCAGCUCCUCGUCCAGCUCCUCGUCCAGCUCCUCGACGGCCAGCAGUCCGGCUUGCAAGCUGGCGCCCACGCAGCAGCAGCCGGCGCCGCCGAGGCCCCAGUGGCCCUGGACGCCGCCGCUCGCGGCCACCGCCUGCUCCAACGGCUACAAGAGGUUCAAGGCCGAGCCCGAGCACGGCAGCCUGCCCCAGAAGGCGGCGCAGAAGGACCAGCCGCUGCUGCAGGACUCGCAGGGCAAGAUCACCGAGUACUUCAAGACGCAGAUCAAGCCCCAGAACAAGACGAAGAAGAGCCAGACGAGCGACCUGUCGGUCCUGGUGGCCAAGAGCCCGCCGGAGUUCAGGCGGCCGGCCACGGUCCAGCGCAACGGCAAGAACGGCCUGGCCAAGUACCAGUCGAGCCGGAGCAGCGGCACCGCGGCCGCCGACUGGGAGGUGCAGACCCUGUCGAAGGGCGCCAGCGGCCUGCAGCCGAGAAGCAAGCACCAGAACGCCUCCGCGGACAAAAAAUCGACGACGAAUACCAGCGCCGGUAGCAUCGCGAUGAAGAACAACGGACUGCCCGUACUGCCAAUCCCGAGCGACGUGCUCUCCACACUGCCAUCCUGCAAAAUCUCUAACCUGAGGCUCACCUCCGAGGCCAGCCCGACGAGCGAGUCGCCACCCCCGAGCCUGGCCUCCACGCCUACGAGCCUCGACGACGAACAGCCUAGUUUUAAGGACAGCGCGAAGCCCAUCCUCGUCAACGAGAACAACAACCUGACCAGCGGCAACGGCAAACCAUCCGAGCUGCUCUCGAGGCUCAUCCUGCCGCCCACGCCGACCGACUCCGUCAAGGAUGACGACGAGGAGGAGGAGUCCUCGAGGGACAGCGCCGAGCUCUCGAAACAGUCGACCCCGUGCUCCCUGUCGCCCAUACUCUCGGCGCCGACCACCAUCAGGUUUCCCGCCAAGGCGCCCGGCAAGGCGCGAGGACAGAACGCCGCCGACAGCGGAUUCUGCCGCUGGGACAAGUGCGGAUCCAACUGCGAGACCAGCAGCGCCCUCCUCGAGCACCUGCAGGCGGCGCACAUCAACACACAGACCGGCGGCGACAACUUCGUCUGCCACUGGCAGGGCUGCAAGGUCCAGGGCAGAACCUCGUGCUCCAGGCGAUGGUUGGAGCGACACGUCCUGUCCCACGGCGGCAACAAGCCCUUCCAAUGCAUCGUCGACGGUUGUGGAAGUAGAUUCAGCUCACAGACUGCUCUCGAAAGGCACGUAAAUGGCCACUUCAACCAGACCGAGACUAGCAGCACUGCAUCGAGAAAAAGCACAGACAGCGGCGGAAAGCUUGUCAGAAGGAAUGGAAAGAAGUUGCGAUAUAGACGACAGCCUUGGUCUGCACGAAUUUUCGACUACUUCGAUCCAGGUGUUAUGGAAAGCCUGCAGCAUAGGUUAAUAGAACUAGCGCAGACGAGAACGCAAGGUCGCCUGGCCGAGACCCCGGGAGACUCGAUGGCCCUAACUAGUCAAGUUUUAGCGAGAAGAGUAGAAAUGGACGGUAAAACAAAAGUGCUACUGCGGUGGCAUCCACAUGACAUCGAGCCGGACGAAUGGGUCUUGGAAUCUGAAAUGUGCAAGACGAAGCAUGUAGCCAUACGCACGGCUGCCACUAAACAGCCAGAUGAGAUUAAUCUUGCACUUUAUCCAGCCUUGAACGCUGGCAAGCCUCCGCUGCAUCGAGUCAAACAGCACAGAAAACCCGUGAGGAGCACGUGAUGACAGCGAGACAUCAUCACCCAAAUACACCUGUUCAUUCUUCAAUAGGGAUCCGCGAUAGAGAUGGUAGCGCCGUUGUUGUCUAGUCUGCGAUGAUCGAGCAAACGCAAGAACAAACUGACUGACUGAGUGACGUGAGCCAACACCUGUAAGAUCUAAACUCCGCUAAAAAAACUUCUUCAGAUAAACAAUAAGAGAUGAACGCAAGUGUUACGAAGCACGAAUAAUCUUUCAAAAGAACCUACGAAAAACAACCAAGCUACGAUAUUAUAAUCGAUGGUACUACUCAGAUGAACUGCCAAAACACGCUACUCUCUAAAGUAAGAGCGUGGGAUCUUUGACGUUUCAAAAGUUCGACGACGAUCCUGAGAGAGCCUCGAAAGUGCCUCAACAGCGUUUUAGCGAAUCUUUUAAACGAAUGAAGGGCGAAAGUGUUCAUGCCAAAAAACACAAAAAGACAGUAAGGAAAAUACAAUUACAAAUAAUCACUCUGGUUGCCUUAAGGAUUCAAUCGAUAACUGACAUCGGUCCCCCUGGAUUACACUAUUUUGGACACUCCUCGUGGUUAAACAAUAGAAAGGGCAAAUGAUACGAGGAUGUAGAGAAAUUUUUCCGUUGAAGAAGAAGACUAUGGGAAAUAUAUAUAUUCGACCACUGAGCAAUCGCAACGUUUCAUCUCGCGCCUCGGAUCGAUAGGUACCUAUACACUUCGUGAGAGGAUUCUGGGCUUGAAGCCCGUAAGCAUUUCGAAAUAUUGCUAGUCUUUGAUAGAUUCAUCAAACGAGAUUUAGUUUUUAUUUUUGCAAAUGAAAAUAUAACGAAUCUUGUUUUGGAGAAACUGUCAAGACUAGCAAGAUAGAUCUAAGCUAGAAAAUAUAGAUCGCUAAAGCCGUACGCUAUUUUUUUCCUACUUGGGGUUGACGUCUUGCGCAUAAGAAACAAUUUUCGCAGUCCACUUUGUAAAUUCCAUACACAACAAAUAAACACGUCAUCCUAGAAGUCACGUGACUCAUACAAAAUUAUUUGUAACAUUAAAGCAGAUUGAACCGAAAAAUGUUUUUUGUUGCCGUAGACUGAAAGCUCGAUAAGCGAAAGAAUUAAGAAUGACUCGCUCACUUGCUCGAAAAAAAAUUAAUAACUAAUUCUAAUUCGUAAAUACGUAGGGGUUUCGAUCGUCUGGGUUGUGCUUGAAAUGGAAGACUUCUGUACUUCCGUGGAAAAACGUCGUGUAUUUUUAACGUGUCGCGUUGCCCCUUCCCCAGUGUUUCACUGAUGAAGGGAUGAUCAAAUGUACAAAUUACUAUUAUCGAAUACCGUGAAUGCGCGCGAAUUAUUUUUUCAAAUGUUUGAUGCGCUCUUGAUAUGCAUUAGUUUUCCGAGUGCCACAUAUCGUCUUCAUCCUUUCUGCUAAGUGUGGCGCGUGAUAGAAAUACAAGUAUGCGAAUUUUCGCUGGAUCUUCUUUGUGAUGCACAAAAGUAAUAUAACUAGUACCAAUAAGACUUUUUUUCCAUUAUGUAAGAUUUAAGAAAUGUCAAAAAUGCUAUUGUCUGCGUUGCAUUAUGAGAAAUCUCUUAUAAAUGUUGGAUUUUCUAAGAGUAAGACCGCAGUUAAAAAUAUUACGUCUUGUCAAACGUAAUGGCAAAUUGAUUUUGAUGAUUGAAAAUUUGUAAUAAAAAACAGGGUAUUUCGUAUUGUAAAAGUAAUAUUUUUCAACUGUGUGCAUGAUACUCAUUAGAGAAGCAUUUUAAAAAACAGCCUGAUAUACUUGAAUACAAGACUUAAUAUGCUGAUGCGCAUAUAUUUCCAACUAACAAGGGUUAACAAUAAACUGUUACCAUUGACCCAACAAAUAAAAGUUGUGCCUAAGAACAAACAAUUCCGACUGACUGCUGUCAGUUCCUGGCAGAUUGAUCGCAUACUUGCAUUUUAACACACGAGACCAAAAGAGAAUCUAGUUGACGACAGAUUGAUUAUGCACUCUAUUCGUCGUUAAUUCAGAUUCUUUGACUUAAGAGCUGUUUCCCUCACACGGGUCAGAAAUGCGAAGGCUGUGUUGUAUAUUUUCCACGCUGGGGUGAUAUUAGAGCGGAAAGCGUAACGUUCAAAAAAGAGAAGAAAAAAAUCUGAAAUGUCGAGAAUCGAUAUAAUGUAUGGCUAGAAAAUAAAACCGUUAAGAUUAGAGUGAUAAAAAGAACAAUGUCGUGUUCACGAAAAUUCAAAUCGACAGGUUUUAAUUGUCAAAUUGUCGAUAUUGAUUUUUGUUCAAUAUCAUAAUGAUACGAUAAGGAACAUAGGGUACUUGUAAAAUCGAAAAAGAUUAAAAGACGAAUGAACGAAGAAGUGAAGAUGGAGAUUUGAUCGAGAAAAGGCGUUCGUGAUUAUUGUAAGGAUACUGCCAGUUGUAAAUGUACAUACAUAUAGAUACGGUAAAGUAAAAACAGAAAAUAAGUAAAAAAAAUAAAUAAAUAAAUGGAUGAAUAGAACGCGAUUUAACGAGUAGGUAAGAUGAAACAGAGUGUAAGAAACUCAAAAGACAUACACACCAGCUGAGGAAACACUGCCACUACAUGUAAUAAUUGUAUAAGGAUCAGAUAUAUAAGAUAAAGAACGUUAGUGAAAGCGUUCUUUUAGGGGCGACUUUUUAGCUAUUAAUGAUUAUUAAGUGUAGGAUAUAUUGCUGCAUACUAUUCGCUAAAAAAAAAACAAGCAAACAUACAAACUAUUAACUACCGAAGCGCUAAUUAUCCUCGAAUAACGUGCGAAAAAUUUCAAUUACCCAAGAAACGUGUAAUCUCUAGGAUCUCUGUAGACCCCCCGUAAAAUGUCGAUAUCAGGGGUAACCUUUUUUUGUACAUAGUUUAGGUGAAUUAUGCGAGACGAGAAUCACAAACAAACAGAAAGAUAGAUACGGUGUUUUCUUUAACAUGUAUGAUUAUUGUAUUUUCCGAGGCGCAGCGGAAGCGCUAAAAAAGCUGAAAAAUGACUCUUUAUAAUAGGUUUCUUUUUUGUUUCAUGUACAAUGUGGCGAGCCUUCUAUAAGAAACAUUGAGUGCAAAUAUGUUUUUUUUUAUGUGACGCGGUAUUGGACACUUUUACUGAAAUUUUGGAUGAUUGAAAGAGUUUUUGUUCAAUCAAAAAGCACGGUUGUCCAACGAUACAAACGUGCGAUUUCCUAUUGAAUAUUAUCAUUAUUUAAUAAUUAUUAUUAUUAAAGUAAGACAAAUAAAGGAGUAUUAUACUUGAUAUAACUAUAAUACUUGUUAAUAUAAUUUCGUGAGAAUAUAAAAAAAAAAAUUUAACCAAUCAAAAAAUUUAAUUUCAAUGUUGAAAAUGUCCAAAACCGAUUAAAACAUUCUUUUUGUAUUUAGAUUAUCGCGAGCGAGAAUCUUCUUUUAUACCUAGAGAUUUUUAUUGUAAUCGAAUAAAUAAAUAGUAAUCUUGAAUAUAUUUCAUUUGCGUUCAUCGCUGUUGAAACGCAUUGAAAUAUUCCCGAAUGCUUACGUGAGUUUUUGUAACGAUGUAAUUUUUUUCGCAUUCGCAGAUCGAUUUAGUUCUAAUUUUUUCGUAUAGCAAACAAUGUCCUGUAUUUAUAUGUGUAAGUGUAAAUAUUUUUGUUUACAUGCAGUAAACUUAGAAAUUAUAAUUUACCCUCGCGAUGAGAAGACAACGUUAAGUUUCUUCUGCUUUUAUACGUAUUAUAAGUGGACGUGGAAAAAGAUGUAUAUGCCAUUUCGGAGUGAAAUAGGAAAUCAAAAAUGAGCACAAAAAGAUUAAAAACGCGCCACUGCCAGUAAUGCACUGCCUACUUUUACGACAUUUGCACUAGCAUUUUCCAGAUGUGCAUCUGAUUUUAUGUCCUCGUAGUAGCUUUUAUCACAAUCAUUAGGUAGCUCUUUGAUUACAAAACCUUUUCACUUCCGUAUGGUCGUCCACUUUUCCUCGAAUUAUGUAAAGUAACAGUUUUCUUUUCUACAUUCGUUUUACGUUUAUAUUAUGUUAACGAUUAGCAAACAAAAAUGAAAGAAGUAGAUCGAUCGAUUGGUUUGAGUAGAUUUGCUUAUUUAUUUAAGCAUCUUUUUAUAGUUUAAAAUAAUUGAGAAAGAAUUGUGUUUUAGAUAAAAAUUUAUGAUUGGUGCCAUAACAUAUCUUUUGAUUUCAUAUGGCACGCGUGAUACUUUACUUUUGUUGCAAUGAUAAAAUGUUGAACUGUUCAGCUCAGAACAGUUAAUGAUGCAGAUCAAUUUUUUUUUUCGUUGCAAACGAAAACUAAAGGUGAUAUUUUUGCGCGUUGAAACUUCCGAUUAUACAUGAAUCAUUUAAGUCUUUCGUUUAAUGUAUUUAGGUGGCGUACCUGCAAAACAAACGUUCGCCUCUCUUUGACUCUGUUCUAUUUUCUCAUGAAGUUUCCUAAUCGAAAUAUAAGCAAAAUUUGAAUGGGACCAAUUUUUGGCAUGGGUAUAAAAAAAUUAUUAGAAGGCGAAUUUGAAAUGAUAAUGAGGCGAAAGUUCGGUUUUGUAAUGACGCUUGAUCUCGUGAAAUAAGACAUAAUAACAAUGAUGAAUAACGUAAUGUUAGUAUGUAAAAAUAUGACAAAAAUUUCAGAUGAUAGACCAGUUGAUCGAUCGAAUAGAAAAAAUUUUGAGGUUUAAGUUUUGGUUACAUGAUCAAAUAUUUUGAAAAUUACGCGCGUAGACUGAACAAUUUAUUCUAAAAUGAUCAAUGAAGGCUCUAGGUGUGUAUUAUUAUAAUUUUGCGCACAAGAGACACGCACUUUUACGUAUGUAUGUCGUCAAUUUUACUUGGUCUCUUCGUGUGCUCGUGCGAAACUGAGUUAAUGUUUACAUAAUUGUAUGCAAAAAUAAUUGAUUUAAUAUCGUCUUCUUUUGCGACCAAGCCCAUGCUGUUCCCACCUUUAGAAACUUGUAUAAUCUUUAAUAAUAAAAACGAAAGUCAACAAAUUAA